UCAGAAAAAUAUUUUAAUAAAAAUUUUUUCUAGAAGGACAUUGUGAAACGAGACAUGGCGGUCAGCUCAUUAGMAACACAUGAGACUUUUAUACGAAUGUUUUCUAAAAUCACAUAUUAACUAUAAACGCAGGUUCAUACUACAGGUUUAUCGGCUGCACGAUCCGCGUUUCAAGCUAUGUUUUCCGGAAAAUUGAUGAGCCCAGCUACUGUCAAUUUCGUGAUCCUGCGCCGCCGUGGGUUCUGGCUUAAAUGUGKUUGUACAGACCUAGCCUUUGUAUUGAGGAGAAAUCCAACGAUAUAUUUUGCUUCUAGACGUUGUAUCAACGUCACUGCCUCGUUGGGAUCGUCUAGAAAUUAUUACGAUAUACUGGGCGUUCCAAGAAAUGCCAACCAAAAGCAAAUCAAAGAUGCUUAUUACAAACUGGCAAUGAAACACCACCCCGAUAAAAAUCAAGGAAUACUCACAAAACAAUUUAGAGACAUUAAAGAGGCAUAUGAUAUAUUGAGCAACGAAUCUAGUCGGAAUAAUUACAAUAACAAUAUGGGUUCUUCAAACAAUAGUUAUAAUAGUAGUACAUCUAACAAUUGGACAUACAAUUCUCCUUAUGGCCGUUAUGACACAAAUCCUAAAUAUACAUACAAUAAUAAAAACUGGUCAAGAACUGAGUACAGCCAUCAAAGAACCAAACAUGCUGGGGGCUUUGAUCAACAUAAACCAUUUAAUGUGUUCAUAAAUGUGAUUUCAGUGCCCAAGAAUAUUAUAAAAACUCAAAUUGAUAUAAUGUUAUUGAGUUUUAUCAAAAACCGUACAUUAAAAUGGAUUUUGUUUCAACUAUUUCAAUAUAUAUGGACAUGGGGGUUAAAUAAUUUGAAUUAUAAUGUACUGAUAUCUUCAUCGACGCCGCAUAACAAUCCAUUUGUUGAAUUCAUCAAAAAUUUGCUUGAAAACCAUACAGUUAGAAUCGAACUAACAGAAAUAGAAGCGAUAAAAGGUAAAGCUGUUAGAGUGAAAGUAAAUGAAAAUGAAAAAGUUCUAGUGGUAAAUAUACCCCGAGGAGUACAGAGAGGACAAUCAUUCUACUUGUUUUACCUCAUUGAUGACAAUGAUAACACAACAUUUAAAAGCUGAAUUUUGUUAMAAUUUUUCUGUUUGUUAAUUUGGAUGAAUUAUAAUUUAUUUAUUUGCAGAAAUGUGUAUUAUGCAUACUUUUUAAAAUGAUACAAAUAUCAAUGUCAUUAGAACUAUUAUCAAAUAUAUGUGUUAACUUCUUUAGAUGGCGACAGUGGCUCCGAAGUCUUCAAAAUCUAGUAGGGCGAAAAUAUUUUAAAAGGUCCUAUCCUAAAUUUUCAAAAUAUGUCAGACCAUGGCUCAACCUUAACAUAGGAUUCAGUGCCACUUGAUGGCGAGGCUGUCUCAGAGCGCCCACCAUCAACCACCCAUAGCCAAAACUAAAAAAAUGCAAACACCAGAAAAUGGGUAAAGUUCGUCUAGACUGUUUGGGUGUUGAGGGUGACUCGGUAGGACGUGUCCCCCUCCAAUUUUUGGGGAUCUAAAAAUAUUGACCAUUUGUUUGGUGACUAUCCGAAUAAGGUAAGUUGCAAACCUGGGUKCUUUGGGUGCGGAAUGAAGAACACAUUUGAACCAAAGCCCAGAAUUUCGCUGAAACAAGACCAUUGUUCCUGAGUCACCUUAUAAGAAGAUCGGUCGAGUGAAUAAUUAAGAGAUGGAUGUGCUGCUAGACAUGGGCAGUAAUUACUCAUUCAUUAAAGCAAGUGUGGUAAUGAUUCCUUAACCGUGAGGCAUCCCCUCAUCUGCUUUACAGUAUCAGAAGUAUCACAGUAUUCCUUAUGUGAAUGCCAUUGGAGAAGCGGARACAGAUUUUGUGCUCAAUGGUGUUAAGCCUGGUAAUUGAUAAUGUAUAAUUUUGUCAAAGAUCAACUUCAAAACAAUUUAUCAUAAAUAUAAUACCAUCAACUGUGGUUGAAAAUAUUAAUAAAUAUUUUUUAUUUUUCUUMAGUACCAAAUCAGUCUUGUUAACAAAUAAUUUCAACUAUAAUCUGUUCAGAAUAAGAACGUACCGGUUUGACGCUUCGAAUGAAAUGCARAAUGACUUCCAGACCCCUAUCUGAGUAUAAUUGAGACGGCACGAUUGCCAAGUAAACAGGGCUUUUAGAGAAUAUUCAUAAUAGUGUUAACAGUCUUAGAGUUAAUCAACAUAUUCUAGCA